CGUGGUCGUCGGGUUUCCUUUUUGUCACUUUGACUCUUUUUUCUCACUCUGCUCUCGCCCUCUACCUCUGUCCCUCUCCUUGGUGGCUUGCUUUUUUCCUUCCCCCGUUCAUUAGUUCUCUGGGGCUCGAGUGGCUCGAGUACGACCCUGGGCUGCCAAAUCCGCUUUGGGCCCCAGCACUGAAUCUGCAAUCUUCUUCCAAAAGGGAGAAAGGCCAUGUGUGCCUGUGUCAAUGUAGGUACAUACCUGGUCGCUUUUCCUCUUUCUGAUAGCGUGGGCAAGCAUGGAUCAUGGGAAAUACUACUUAAGUCCCAUUUGCAUACACUCGGUAUGCCAUGCUGUUUCCCGACUCCACAUUUUGCUUCUGCACACCAUUCCUCUCUCACCCCCCCCUCCCUGGGCCUCCCCCCCCCUUGUCUCUGGCAAGUCUUUCUUCUCUUGUAUGGCCCAGUAGCGACGGCCGUCAUUGUUCUUAGUAUCCCAUUCUUAAGGCCCGGUCCCAUCCUGGUAUAUGCUCCCUCUGCUCCCUGGACCCCGGUUCCUGUCCCCCACCAACCUCAACUGCCUCCUCUGACCGUCCUUGUACUUCAAGCUUUUUAUUUCCCUUCUGCAUUCUAUUAUCAAUCUGCACCUGCGCAUCUUCCCGACCCUGUCCGUCCCUGUUCCCUGUCCGUUGCCUCUUCUCUCUUCCCGCUUGCCGCAGGAGAAGAUGACUAUGGAAAAGCCCUUCUCUUCUCCUGUCCAGAUCCAGAGCAAACUAGUUUGACUGACGUAUUCACCCGCCGGCGCUCCAUUCUCUACCUUAUCAACUCGUCUCAUCUCCGUUCAUUGGUGGGCGAGUGCUUCAGAGGCACCAAUCAUGUUGAUACCUGCAUUCAACACGCGAGCCACGCCUUCUUGAAUCUGAGCAGUCUUUUGUUCAGCGUCGCCAGAUUCUGCUUACUCCUUCUCUCUCUCUUCUUCUCUAUAUCUCUUCUCUACUCUCUACUCUCUUUAACCGGCCACCCGAACGCCAUCCAUCUGCCCUUGGACACGCCUUCUUCUGUCCUUGAAUGCGCCUUCCUCUGUCCUUGAAUACGCCUUCCUCUGUCUUUGGAUCCGUCUUCACCCAUCGUUCAGAAUUCCCGAGCUCCGUACACCUUGUACCAGGGCCACGCAACCUCUAGGUCUCGUGCUGCAACA